AAAUCAAGCCAUUGGAAUUCCCAGCGCCUCCCAUAGUUAGGGUGCAAAGUAGUGAUCACAGUGGCUAUUCUGGCUAUUCUCCACCCCCUGCUCUUUUCUUGCAUAYCCAACACCAGCCUGCAUUUUUCAGGGCUGGCAGGGAGCUGAGGUUGGAGGGCACAUGCCUGGAGUAACCAUGUCCCUGUGCUGGCACAGCUGAAAAUGCAGAGGGGACAGGAGUGAAGGGAGACAGGGCUGUCCAGGGACCGGGAAACAAGGAGUUACAGAUGCCAUGCCCCAGAGCAGCCCUGGAGACUUACAGUGUCACGUAGCAACACUUCACCUUCCAGGAGCACAACAGGUUUGUUCCAGGAGCACAACAGGUUUGGCCCUGCUCACAGCAACUUGCAAGACAAAGAUCGAUCCUGGGCAGUGACAUCCACCAGAGACAAGUCCCCUGGGUUUACUCUGGAAGGACAGGAGUGGGACUGCGGGCUGCCCUUAUGGCUGAGCAGUCCUUCCCAGAGAUGGCCCUGCUAACCCAGGUGGUGGCUGAAGACAGCACCGAAGCCCCUUCGUUCCGCACUGGACGCCGAGGCUCCCAGCCCACAGCCCCAGCCCGGGGCACCGAGGACAGCAAACCACCCCCGCUGCUCUCCCGCCGCAACUCCAUCCUCAGCCGCCGCAGCUCAUUCGGGAUGGUCCCGGGGAGCAGRCGCCCUUCCAUUGGCCCCUGGAUGUUCCACAGACGUGUUAGCUUCUCUGGGCUCCCAAUUCUUCAACCCAGCCUCAAGACCCGCCUCGGAAACACUUACAGGAUGGGGCCAGAAGAAGGCUGCAAGUUCAGUGCGGAGAGGGUGCAGCGGGUACUGGAGGGGACCCUGGCCAGUGCACUGGAGAGCACUGUCUACAGCCCCCAGGGCAGUGCCCCACUAGCCCAGAGCUUGACUGAGCUGCUGCAGAGCCGGGCCAAGCAGGUGGUGCCACCCCGCUACAAGCUGGUCUGCCAUGUGGUGCUGGGCCAGCAGGGCCAGCAGAGCCUGGUGGUGGCCAGCCGGGCACUAUGGGACCCUGAAAAUGACAGCUUUGCCUCUGCCACCUUCUCCAACGCUUCCCUCUUUGCUGUGGCAACAGUGCAUGGGGUCUACUUCGAGUAGCACAUGCCUUUCCCUCCACCCAGUCUUGUAGAGAUGUAGGGAGGGAGCAGCUGAA